AUGAAGUGUCUGGUUUGUGUUUUACAGCAGAUGCUAAAGGAGACCAGAGCUUUUGCACAAAUAGUUUCGACGUGUAUGUACCUGUAUUGUUUUACUACUUUGUCUUUGCUGCCAUCAGGCUUGACCAUGCUGCGAGCCUUUAGCCACACAAACGGUAGGUGUGUGUUCCACCACGCUAAGCGUUGGCAUCAUCGUAAGUCUGUGCUGGCCAUCAGGAGGGAAGAUGUCAAUGCAUGGGAGAGAAGAGCACCUCUAGCACCAAAGCAUGUUAAGGAGCUGACAAAGAUGGGAUACAAGGUCUUGGUGCAGCCGUCAAACCGAAGAGCCAUCCAUGAAAAGGAGUACGUCAAAGCAGGUGCCAUUAUUCAAGAAGAUAUUUCUGAGGCUUCACUGAUUAUAGGUGUGAAGAGACCUCCAGAGGACAAAUUAAUCCCUAAAAAGAACUAUGCCUUCUUCUCUCACACUAUUAAAGCCCAAGAGGCAAACAUGCCUCUUUUGGAUGAGAUUUUAAGACAGGAAAUUCGACUGUUUGACUAUGAAAAAAUGGUUGAUCAUAAAGGAAUGCGAGUUGUGGCCUUUGGAAAGUGGGCUGGUGUAGCAGGAAUGAUCAACAUUCUGCAUGGAUUGGGUUUGCGAUUUUUAGCUCUGGGUCAUCACACUCCCUUCAUGCACAUUGGGAUGGCACAUAACUACAGGAAUAGCAGUCAGGCUGUGCAGGCAGUACGGGAUGCCGGGUAUGAGAUUUCACUGGGACUGAUGCCAAAGUCAGUGGGGCCCUUAACAUUUGUGUUUACGGGAACUGGUAAUGUUUCUAAGGGUGCUCAAGAAAUGUUCAGUGCUCUCCCAUGUGAGUUUGUGGAACCACAUGAGUUAAAGGAAGUUUCCAGAUCUGGAGAUCUUAGGAAAGUCUAUGGAACAGUGCUAAGUCGUCACCAUCAUCUUGUGAGGAAACGUGAUGGACUAUAUGAUCCAGUAGACUAUGAAAAACAUCCAGAAAAUUACAUUUCUCGCUUUCACAUUGAUGUUGCACCCUACACAACUUGUUUAGUUAAUGGCAUUUACUGGGAACAAAAUAGUCCUCGCUUGCUGAGUCGGCAGGACACUCAAAAGCUGCUGGUGCCACUUAAAUCUGCUACUGGUGCAAUGGAUGGUUGCCCUGAAUUACCACACAGACUUCUGGCCAUAUGUGACAUUUCAGCAGAUACUGGAGGAUCUAUAGAAUUUAUGACUGAGUGUACAACAAUUGACAACCCAUUUUGUAUGUAUGAUGCUGACCAGCAUAUUACUCACAACAGUGUUGAAGGCUCAGGGAUUCUGAUGUGUUCCAUUGACAAUCUGCCAGCUCAGCUUCCUAUAGAAGCAACAGAGUAUUUUGGGGAUAUGCUUUUCCCUUAUAUUGAAGAGAUGCUGGUAUCAGAAGGCUCAGAACCUCUUGAAAAACAGAAUUACUCGCCUGUUGUUCGAGAUGCAGUGAUUGCAUCCAAUGGCUCACUGACACCUAAGUAUCAAUACAUCCAGAAACUGAGAGAGAGCAGGGAACAGGCUCAGUCACUGAAGAUGAGUGUUGAGAAGAGAGUUUUAUUGCUUGGAUCUGGCUAUGUUUCUGGCCCUGUGCUUGAAUAUCUCACUAGGGAUUCCAACACUGACAUCACAGUUGUAUCUGUCAUGAAGGAGCAACUUGAGCAACUGACAAAGAAGUACAGAAAUGUUACUCCAGUUCAUAUGGAUGUCCUUAAGCAUGAGGAAAAGCUGUCCUCUUUGGUGAAAAACCACGACCUUGUGAUCAGUUUGCUGCCUUAUUCAGCACAUCCUUUUGUUGCUAAGAAAUGUAUUGAAAACAAAGUGAACAUGGUAACAGCCAGCUACUUAACACCAGCCAUGAAAGAACUUCAGGAGAGUGUAGAAGCUGCUGGUAUUACAGUUGUCAGUGAAAUGGGCUUGGAUCCUGGUCUUGAUCACAUGUUGGCGAUGGAAUGUAUUGACAAGGCGAAAGAAGUUGGUGCUACGGUGAUAUCGUACACUUCUUUCUGCGGUGGCCUACCAGCUCCAGAGCACUCUGACAAUCCUCUGAGGUACAAGUUCAGUUGGAGUCCACAAGGAGUGUUGCUGAAUACAGUUCAGUCUGCUACGUAUUUAAAAGAUGGAGAGAUUAUCAAUAUUCCACCUGGAGGAGCAUUGCUGGAUUCUGUUACUCCAAUGGAUUUUUUCCCAGGAUUAAACCUUGAAGGCUUUCCUAACAGAGACAGCACCAAAUAUGCUGAGCCAUAUGGUAUUGAGACAGCUCGCACUUUACUGAGAGGCACCUUAAGAUACAAAGGAUUCUCCAGAACCAUGGGGGGCUUUGUAAAACUAGGAUUAAUUAACCCAGAUCCUUAUCCUUUGCUAAGCUCAUCUACACCACCUCUAACCUGGAAAGAGCUCAUGUGCAAACUGGUUGGAAUUAAGUCACCUGCUGAGCACCAUGUUCUUAAAGAAGCUGUAUUUAGCAAACUGGAGAAGGACAAAAGUCAGCUGGAAGCAGUGGAAUGGUUAGGUUUACUGGGAGAUGAACCAGUUCCAGCAGCAGAUUCCAUUGUAGGGGCUCUUGCAAAGCACAUGGAGAUGAAGCUGCCCUUUGGCACUGGAGAGAGAGAUAUGAUUGUUAUGAGAAGUGAAAUAGGUCUCAGGCAUCCUUCUGGCCAUUUGGAAGACAAAUUUAUUGAUCUAGUUGUCUAUGGGGAUAACAAAGGAUAUUCUGCAAUGGCUAAAACAGUGGGAUACCCUGCAGCUAUUGCUGCUAAAAUGGUUCUAGAUGGUGAAAUAACUGCCAAAGGCAUGGUCAUACCUUUGACAAAGAAUGUUUACGGGCCAAUACUUGAACGUGUUCGGGCAGAAGGCAUUAUGUACAGUACUCGCAGUGUUAUCAAACAGUAACUGAAAGCAGUGGAUUUCAUCAGGUUUUGGCUUUUUUUGGUUCCCCCACCUCCCCUUUUAGAAUCUCAGUUUGGACCAGCUAAAGGCAGCACCUGCCAUUUCAUUCACAAAUGUUGCCUUUCAUAAAACCUGCCACCAGGCUUGGUGUAGAAGCUGUCGAUACUCACAGAUUAUGAUAUUUUCCUCUUAAAAUUGUUAAGCUUUCAUGUACAUGUUUCAGCAUCAAUCAGGUAUUUCCUUGUAUUGUUUCUAAAAUAUCUCAGAAGGUUUUUGUUUUUUUGUUAUUAGAGUUUAUCUUGUAAGUUUAUAGGGCUAUUAUUGCGACAAAUUUAAACUGAAAGAAAAAUCUAUUAGUGGAUUGUUUUGUGGUGGAAAAGUCUGGGUAAUGACUGAAAGAAAAAUCUAUUAGUGGAUUGUUUUGUGGUGGAAAAGUCUGGGUAAUGAACUCCAUUGAUGAAGUUUAAUUGUUCAUGUGGUAAAAAUUAUUUUUCAGAAAAAUGGAGAUGGACAUGUUACUUAAAUUUUAACGCUGGUUGUCCCUUUCACUUUCGCAGUAUUCAUGAAUAUUUUCACAAUAACAAUAUGCAAAAAGUAGUUUAGAAAUUCUGCACUAUUAGCAAAUAAGAUCCUGUUAAAUCUUGAAAAUGUUCAGUUCUUAAAUAUUUGAAACCUAGAUCUUAAUAUUUUUAAUGACUUUAUUAUGAAUGUAAAUUUAAAUUAAUUGGAGGAGGAAGAAAAUUUAAAGCAAGCUUCCCCCCAUACCCUUUCUUGUUACAGAGUGGAAGCUGGUUGCGGUAUAUUGAAAUACCUGCUGUUACGUGUUGCCUUGUGCUGUGGAGAGGGCUCAUUAACAUUUAGCUCUGCAGCUACAAAGGGCAAUCUGAAAUACGACACAGUUACUGUGCUUAGAAGAUGCUCCAAAUGACACGUUUACUCUUCCCACUUACACUGCGUGCCUCAUCCAAGUUAAGUACUGUUACAAAGGGAAUACAUUGUGUAGUAUAUGCAGCUUUGAAAUGCACUAGGUUUAGGGGUUUAAAUGGCCACUUUUUGAGUUAGCUUCUGUUCUUCUGCUAGCAUGGUUUUGAAACGUUCUCUUGGGAACCUAUGCCUACUGCUCAGUACCGUGUCACUUUAGCCUGGUGGAGUUUGCCAGCUCAUUUGCUGCUGAGUGCUGUGCUGUCAGAUGUGUCAGCCCUGCUCUAGCUGUAGUUUAGCCCCAUCAGGCCACAACUGAACUUUAGCCCAAGUGCAGCUUCUCUGUAACAUAGUACCAAUUGCAUCCUUUCGUUUCAGGCCUGCUUCUCUAGCUUUUGCUUAGGGAUUUCUACACCACCUUGCAACUCUAAGCAUGGCUGAGACUUCACCAGUCAGGUCUGUGAGGUGCAAUGCUGUGGGCAGGUUGUAUUUGCACUGGUGCACCUGCCUAGAGCUUCCCUUUUCUAAAGCUGAAUACUGAUGCGGGAAGCUGUCUGCUUUCAGCUUUGCUCGCAAAUGCACUUUGCUGAUAAAUGCCUUUUCCUUCCUGAGAACCAGUGCUGUAAUCACAGUUCUGAGAGGCUGGAAUUCCAGGUGUUGUUUUGUGUGGUAGGAAAAGCAGCCAUAACAAUAAUUCAGGUUUUGAUCUUCAGGUUUUGUUACUCAGGAUUUGGAUUUUCUCUGUGCAGAUGCAACGAAGUAGCAACUGCUAGAGAGUUAGGUGAAAGGAGCCAAAGGGAGAAGGGAGAAUGAAGGGCACGUGUUACUGUGAAAGCGAAGGACUUUUUCUACUGAACCUAUGCUUUUUUAAUGUAAUGUCAAAUUUGGAUUCUGUUACAGUUCCAUGCAUAUAUCAUGCAAACUUCCUGUCUCCACCAAGUUCUUUUGCUUCCCACUGACGUUAGAGGCUGUUGGUCUGUUGUCUGGCUGGUAGAUGCAGCUGGGAUAAGGAUGGACCCGGCACUGUUCUGCUGCCUCCUCCUUCUCCAGGUAGAUUAAUGGCCUAUAACUAAGGGUUAAGUUAUACUUGUACCUGCUGGUCCCUUCCAGUCCAGUACUUGGUGAGACCAGGAUUUUACCUGAGAAUUCUCUGUCCCCUCCCUUAGCCCACAAAUACACAACCACAGAGUUGUUCCUCUGUAUAUAUGCAUGCACUGUACUUGCUUUUCUGCCUUGGAAAUGCAGUAUGAGAUGAAAAUCAGAUUUUUUUACAAAUAACUAAUAUUUUUGGAGCACUAAAGAAUGAGAACUGCAGUGUUUUCAUCAAGAAACACUGCUACUAUUUUUGAAACAUUUUAUAUUGGAAUGUAUUUCUAACUCCCAGUGCAAUGCUGCAUUUUGUUUUCUAUGUUUAGACUCAAAUGAAGUUAUUGCUCAUCUUUUUGUAUGAAGAUUGUACUUCUCAGUUCUCUUUGCAUAUUACUGGAAAGAUAAUUGUAUCUUAUACAUGAGAUUGCUUGAAAAAUAAAUCUGAACUCCUC